UCGACACGCAAACAUAUGUAGCCAGUGCUUCCUGUUGCGAAAUGUUCGGCAUGGGUCUCGCAUGCACUUGUUUUCCACCUAAAGGAUUAAUUACAGCUUCAAAUGUACGUUUUUGUAAUCUCUGUUAACCGACAGGCUUAGCUAAGGUAGCUAGCUAGAAAGCUGUCAGAGAUACGACAUGGAAGUAGGAAGAGAUUUCAUCAAUACUCCUCCUGUGAAAACGGUGCGUUUUGGUGACACCGUUGUCAACACAUUGGCUAAGCUGAAACAGGGAGACACGAGUGAUUAUGAAAUGAUAAAACAUCAACUCUCAGAUCCGGACAUUAAGGAUGCCCAGAUUAUUAACUGGUUGCAGGAAUUCAGGACCUGCGUUACUCAACUUGGCAAAGAUCACGAACAGUUAAUCUAUGUGGUUUUGAGGCUACCAUGGCUCGGUCGGACUCAGGCUGUGGUGGACGAGUACUUGGCUUUUCUCAGUAAUCUUGUUUCUGCCCAGACUGUUCACCUUAGACCAUGUCUCAAAAUGGUUGUCUCCAAUUUUACACCAAAAAGAAUAAAAAUACAGGAAGGAGACGUGGAUAUUUCGGAUUCGGACGAUGAUGAUGAUGAGAACCUGCCCAGGAUAUUUGAACACUGUCAUCAGGCCCUGCAGAUGAUUGCAAGAUAUGUACCUUCUACCAGCCGUUUUCUUAUGCCCAUCCUCACCGAAAACUUUCCUUUUGUGCAGAAAUCGCCCAGAACGCUGGAGUGCUACGUCCACAACCUGCUGAGAAUCACGGUCUACGUGCCUGCCCUGAGGAAGGACGUGCUUGAGCUCAUCGUCAGCAAGAUGCUGGCUUUGGACGUGAGCGCCCCCCGGAGUGAGAUUGAGGAAGUGGAGAGUUCGGGAGAGCAGGACCAGGGCGGAAAGGCACACGAUGACUUCCUGUUUGACAUGGAUGAGGAUGAAGACUCCGCGGUGACCAGCCCAACAGGCCUGCACAGCUCAGCAAUGCUGCACCCGGUGGCAGAACGGCUGGACACCCUGAUGGGAGUGCUGCUGGCCUUCGUUAAAGACAUGUGCCAUGUUAACGGUUCGCUGGACACGGAGAAGGCCAAGGCUCUGUACAGGGACCUGGUGGGCGUGUUUGACCGGCUGGUGUUGCCGACCCAUGCCUCCUGCCACGUGCAGUACUACAUGUUCUACCUGUGCAGCUUCCGUCUGGGUUUGGCCGAGGCCUUCUUGGACCACCUGUGGAAGCUUCUGCAGAACCCCUCUCAGCCGCCCAUCACCAGACAGGCCUCCGCCAGCUACAUGGGCAGCUUCCUGGCCAGAGCCAAGUUCCUCCCCGUAGCCACGGUGAAGGCCUGCCUGGAUUUGCUAGUGUCUUGGCUCCACCUCUACAUAGACAGCCAGGACUCGGGCCUCAAAGCCUUCUGUGACGUCUCCCUGCAUGGGCCGUUCUACGCUGCCUGUCAGGCUGUGUUCUACACCCUCAUCUUCAGACACAAGGCCAUCCUGGAGGGCAGCAUGAAAGCAGGUUUGGACUACCUGCAGAGGCUGAACCUAGAGCGGAUAGUAAUGUGUCGGCUGAACCCGCUGAAGGUGUGUCUGCCCGCCGUCACCAAUAUGUUCGCCGCCAUCACCAGGAAGUACCAGCUGGUGUUCUGCUACACCAUCAUGGAGCGCAACAACCGCUGCGUUUUACCUGUGGUGAGGAGCUCCGUGGGGGGAGACUCCUUAUCCACCAACACCAACCCUCUGGACACUUUCUUCCCCUUUGACCCCUACCUGCUUAAGAGGUCUAGAAAGCUUUUUGAAUCCAUUUAUCAAGUGUGGGAAGAGCCAUCCGACUGUGCGUUGGACGUACGGAGCAAAGACGUCAGAAAGGCUCCUGCAGAGGACGAGGACGAUUUCCUGCACGGCCAAACCCCUCAGGGGGACAUGGUGAUGGGCGGGACACCUGGUUCCUACGAGGCACACCUGGCAAGCCCCAGCAGCAUGGGGUCUCCACCCAUCGCCUUCCUCCAGCGGCGUUUCUGAUACCCCAACACACACACACACAAUCCACCAGACCAACAAACUGUAUCUCAGCACCACCAGUGGGCGCUCACAGGCUGAGCAGAUUUGCUUUCCUUGGGUUUCCACAGAGGCAGUCCUGUGUCCUCAAAGACACCAGGCAAUGUAGUGCUUUCCCACUUUACACACAAGCCACAGUAAUGUCAGGUGAAGUGACAGAUUUGAGACAGACUUUGGGAGGCUCGGUUUUGUGCAUUUUAACAAGUUCACAAAGGUAGGAGAAGCUCGGCCAUGUGCAAGGGACAUUUUUUCAGAGGCCCCGAACUUUCCCUAAAAAGGCAAACAAAUGGACAGAGUUGUGUUUAAUGUAGCAUUCUACUCAGAGCCGAGUAGAGUUGCUAAUCUUUGUAUUAUAUUUUCUAUUUAUUAUGGUUGGAGAUAUGUGAUUGCCCGAGAGAGUUCCCGGGUUAGUCCUCAGCUUCUAAUAGUGUUACUCAGUUUAAAGGCUGUUGGAAUAAAUUCUCUUCCUUUUAGAUUUUAUUCCCCCUUAUAUAUAUAUAUUUUUUUUCUUUUCCUUGUCAAAUUCCAAGAAGCAGACUCCAUAUUAAAAUAAUUUGAAAAUAAAAGAUGAACUGUGA